AUGGCCGACCUGGGCUUCGAGCCGGCGAAGAAGGAGGCGCGCGUCGAUUUCGAACUGGCGGCCCUGGACGGCACCCCACGCACCCUGGACGACUACGCGGGCAGCUACGUGCUGCUCAAUUUCUGGGCCACCUGGUGCGCCCCGUGCCGGAUCGAGAUGCCGGCACUGGAACGUCUCCACCUGGAACUUGCCGACCACGGCUUGCGGGUCGUGGGGGUCGACGUGGGCGAAGAGACCGCCGACGUCGAGCGCUUCGUGAAGGAAACCGGCAUCACCUUCGAAAUCGUGAUCGACGCCGACCUGUCCACCGGGCGCGUAUACGCCGCUCGAUCGCUGCCGAUGACCUACAUCCUCGACCCGGAGGGAACGAUCGUGGCGCGCGCGAUCGGCGCACGCGAAUGGGACUCGGAGCCGAUGCGGAACAUGUUCGCGGCCCUGGUCGAGGAGGGCACGGCCGGCUGA